AGGGGAGGACCUGUGUUCGUAACCUGAAACUUUAUAUUUAAACAUUGUCUUAUUCUAGAUGUGUUGCGGUGAACACAAACUACUGUGGGAAUUAGACAGAGGAACAAGUGAAGGUUUAUGGAAGAAAAUCUAAAACAUAUACAAUUGGAUGGAUAGAGAGUGACCCUGAGAGGUAAGCUUGGAUGACACAUUACUCCUCCGCUAGACUGGCAAGAGAUAGACAUGGAAAUUGUGUGUAGAUUUAAGAUCAUUGUCAUAAAGAAUUGACUAGUUGAAUACAGGAUGAUGGCAUCUGGUUACUGGCAAUGUUGCUUUACUGGUGAAAAAGAAAGGAGGUAUUAUGACAGACAAACAAGGCUCAAAUGUCAUGUGUCUGUACUACUGGUGCUGGAUUGAUAUUAUCAAGGAUGCCUUUCAUCCUCUAAAGGAUCCUCUCUUUGUUGGAGAACGUUGUAAUGAAGAUCCAUGAGAAGAUUUUAACCCAUUACCUAUCCUGCACCUCACCGAUAGAUAAAGAAGGAUAUCUCUACAAAAAGAAAGAGAGGACCUCCUCCUACCAGAGGCGCUGGUUUGUCCUGAAAGCCAAUCUGCUGUUCUACCAGGAGCGUCCGGCAGAUCGACACCUGCUGGGGGUUAUUGUCCUAGAGGGCUGUGCUGUCCAGCGCUGUGAGUCUGAGGGAGGACUGUUUGCCUUCUCCAUGGUGUUCAGAGGUUCAGGACUGAAAACCUACAAGCUUGCUGCUGAGGACCAGCUGGGCCAGGAGAGCUGGGUCAAAGCCCUGCUCACAGCCAGCCACUGCUACCUUUCACUGCUGGUCAGAGACCUGGGGAAGCAGUACGAAGAGGCUAAACGCCAAGCUGGCCCUGCUAAAUCCCAUCAACGAACCACUGUGACUGGUCCAGGCUCAAUGUGCCUUACCCAAUCCAUGACUUACCUGAACUCAUGCUCCUCCUCCUUCCUCAUGCCAGGACCAGUGAGGAGAGAAGGGGGAAGCCACAGUGCCAGUAAUGUAUUACAAGCCCCUCCAAUCCCCAGCAACGUGAUCAAUAAGAGGUCCCCUAAGCAUUGGCCCAAGAGAAACGCACAUGUCACACCGAUAAAUGGACCAGCACCACCAUAUGGGGAAUGGCCACAAGUGGACUUUGAUCCUCUAGAGGAUUUCACCAAGCUACAUGAUUACUAUGGAGAGGAGGUGAAGCAGCUGAGAGCUGAUUGGCUGAGGAGGAGGCAGGAGGAAGAGGAGCACCUUGAGGAGGAUCUCAUUGACCUAAGUGAACACUGACCCACAGAGAUCAGACAGUCACCACUCUGGUUAUUUUGAUGAGGACUUUGGUGUGAAUGCCAGUAAUCUGAAAUAAGAA